AAGAAAAAGCUGCACCGCAGGCAAGGUUCCUUUGUGUCGACUUCUCCUGUCGAAGCUUGCCAUCGGACAUCAUGGCGAAGCCCAAGCCUCGACAGCGCAAGAAUAAGCACAGACAACAGGAGAAUGCUGGCGCUCAACAACAAGACACGAAUGUCGUGGAGCUGUUGCCCACUUCUAAGGCGGAGAAGGAAGAAAGAAGGCGAAAGCUGAGAGAGGAGUUGCGCGCGUCGCAACCGAAAAUCUCUGCGAAGAAACAGAAGCGUCUCGAUAAAUAUAUUGAGAACAAGCUGAAAAAGGAAGAAAACCUCGAGCUUCUGAAGAAACUCGCGCAGACGAAAGUCGAUACCUCUGUCUUCCAAAGUUCUAAGAAUAUCAAUCCAACUUCAGCGAAGCGCAAGAGGGAGGACUCUGAACCUCCAGUAUCUCAGCCUGGGCCGGUCAGUGAUGCUGGAAAGACAGUCGAAGAUAUUGAUCUCUCCGGUGACGAAAGUGACGAGUCCGAUCAGAAGCUAAAGAGUGGUACUGGUUCCGGCCGGGGUGUGGAGGCAGAGAAGAAGGGGCCAUCAGCUCCAACUCCGGCCGUUGGAAGUGGCCUGAAGAGACCUCUCGAAGUUGGACCGAACGGAUUCCCAAUCUUAAAGAAGCGGAAGAGAGCACCCAAGUUGAAGCCAGUUCCUGUCGAAGAAAUACCAUGGGAAGGGUUUGGUUCUGAUGAGGAUGGCUCUGAGGACGAGGAAGACGGAAAAGAUGAUGAGGUUAGGAGCGAAUCGUCGGGCCAUUCGGAAAGUGACGAGGAUGGAAACGAUGAAUCCGGUUCGUCGAGCCAAGACACGAAUUCUGAAGAUGAGGAUGAGGAUGAAGAAGAAGAAAAUGAGACAGGAUCUGAGACUGAAGAACCUGAGCAGCCUCGGAAAUCCGCAUUCAAGGCUUGGGCCGUACAGCAGAUCAAUGAGGUUGUCGGCUUCAAGCCUACGGAAGGUCCAGUUUUCACACAUAUCACUUCUGCAGAACUCGCGGUCCCUGCGAAUAAAGUACCGAGAAAUACUGUUGAGGAGGACGAGCCUUUGCCGCAGGAACUACUACCAACAAAAGGAGACCCGUACCGAAAGGCCUUCAGUGUCCAGGUCGACAGGUCUGAGGAAAUACAGAACUCACGACUUGGAUUACCCGUCGUCGGCGAGGAACAGAAAAUUAUGGAAGCGAUCCAUAAUAAUCCCUCCGUUGUCAUUUGGGGAGCCACUGGAAGUGGAAAAACAACACAGCUACCGCAGUUUCUGUUCGAAGCUGGGUAUGGACAUCCCGACAGCCCUAAUCCCGGAAUGAUCGCUGUGACGCAGCCUCGACGAGUGGCUGCUGUCAGUAUGGCGAAGCGAGUAGGUGAUGAACUGGGACAAUAUUCUGACAAGGUCUCGUAUCAAAUCCGCUUCGACAGCACUGUCUCGAACAAGACAGCCAUCAAGUUCAUGACCGACGGUAUUCUUCUUCGAGAAAUCGCUCAGGACUUUGCCCUGACCAAGUAUUCUGUUAUAAUUAUCGAUGAGGCUCACGAGAGAAGUGUCAAUACCGAUAUUCUCAUUGGUAUGGUGAGCCGCAUAGUUGAUCUGCGAAAAGAUAUGGGCAAAGAAGAUCCUUCAAUCAAGCCGCUGAAGCUUGUGAUCAUGUCUGCUACUCUGCGAAUAUCGGAUUUCACGCAAAAUCCAAGCCUUUUCAAACAUGGUCCUCCACCAUUGGUACAGGCAGAAGGUCGCCAGUAUCCAGUUACUGUUCAUUUUGCGCGACGGACUCACCGGGAUUAUGUUGAGGAGGCAUUCCGCAAGGUCUCUCGCGGCCAUAGAAAGCUACCUCCUGGAGGUAUGCUGGUCUUCCUAACUGGCCAGAACGAGAUAAAACAGCUUGCCAAGCGACUAAAACAAACUUUCAAACCAACACAAAGAGGGGAGUCGACACAAGGAAAAGUCCAGAUGGCAGCUAAAGAUGCCCCAUUGGAAGCUGAAGAUCUGGAGCUAGGCGGUCCGGAGGUGUCAGCCCCUGGGGAUGUAGCUGAUGACGACAGUGACAUGGACAUCAGAGGACUCGACGAUGACAGUGAGGAUGACGAAGGCUUUGACCUAGAAGAAGAGAGCAUGGACUCCUCCACCCGAGUCCAUGUCCUACCUCUAUAUUCUCAGCUUCCUACGAAGGAGCAGCUGAGGAUAUUCGAACCACCCCCAGAAGGCUCCCGACUUAUUGUCUUAGCGACGAAUGUGGCAGAGACAAGUUUGACUAUACCAGGGAUCAAAUACGUAUUCGAUUGUGGACGGUCCAAAGAGAAGCAAUACGAUUUGGCGACUGGUGUUCAAAGUUACCAAAUCGGCUGGAUCAGCAAGGCAAGCGCAAACCAAAGAGCUGGACGUGCUGGACGAACGGGGCCGGGUCACUGCUACCGCCUGUACUCGUCCGCUAUAUAUGAGGGCGAAUUUGCGGAAUAUACCGAUCCCGAGAUCCUGCGGACUCCCAUUGAGGGAGUCGUCCUGCAGAUGAAGAGCAUGGGUCUGCACAACGUGAUCAAUUUCCCGUUCCCGACACCUCCCAGCCGCCAAGGUCUUGCUAAGGCAGAGAAAUUAUUGAAAAACCUGGGGGCCCUCUCUCCAGGUGGCCAGGUAACGGAGAUUGGUCACCGCUUGUCAGUCUAUCCUUUGUCUCCUAGGUUCGGAAAGAUGCUGCAAAUCGGUCACCAACAUGGGUGUAUGCCUUACGUUAUUGCCCUUGUUUCUGCGCUGGCUGUAGGGGAUAUCUUUAUCCCAGAGAGUCAGCUAGACCUGAGCUCCUCAAAUCGUGAUGAGAAAGAGGUCUAUACGAACGCUGAACGCUUGGAGGAUACAGCUCGAGAGAAGCGCCGGAAGGACUACAAUCGCGCUCAUCGUCUCUUCAGCAAACACGAUGAUACUUCUGAUGCUCUAAAGUAUAUGUCGGCUGUCUGUGCUUAUGCCUAUGCUUCGGAUGCGGAGACUUUUUGUGAGCAGAUGUUCCUCCGGGCCAAGGCCCUGAAGGAGAUUUCUCAACUCCGCCAGCAGCUGACAGAUAUUGUCCGUGCCAACAACCCCGGUCUGAUCGGUGCUUAUGAGACUCGUCUUCCUGAGCCCACCUCUAAGCAAGUGAAAGCACUGAAGCAGAUUGUAACAGCAGGUUUCAUUGACCAAGUCGCCAUCCGUGCAGACCUGGCUCCUGUACCUCCUGAGAUAUCACGCACGCCUAAGAGAGCAAUCGAUGUUCCCUAUAUCACGCUCUUCCGUUCAAGAGAAGGAAAAGCGAAGGAACUCAGCGAGAAGGCUGUCUAUGUCCAUCCUUCAUCGCUGCUGUCCCAACUCACUCCAAAGGAGAUGCCCCAGUAUAUCGUCUAUUCUCAUUUGCAGCAAUCCAGCGCGUCCCUGGUCUCGGAUCAAACACCGAAGAUCAGAAUGUUCCCUCUUGCAGCACCCAGCGGACUCCAACUCUCCGCUCUCGCCCACGGCACGCCGCUAGUCGAAUACGGAAAGCCGAUCGGGAAGAUAGAGUCUCUUGGAGGCGUUCCGGAGCGACGGGAAUGCUGGGUCGUUCCAUCGCUUGUUGGAGAGGCCGGAACUACAGGUUGGCCCUUGCCCGCAAAGAAAGUGGUGCAGAAAAAGGACUUGAAAGAAGGUUGGGUCAUUGAGAAAUUCCUCCAGUAAAAAAAGUAUCUUUUUUGGAGUUACCAUAAAAGGGCCAUUGCAAUGGCGGCGUCUAUGGGUAUAUGUAUAUAUCAUGAAUUGGUAAAAGCUUUCCACAUACUCGCAUUG